AUGUCCGUUGCACCAGAGCCUUCUGCCUCGAGGGGCUCCAUCUCUCUCCAGCCGAGCUAUUUCACAUCGUCUCUCUACGUCGAUCCCUUACGACAGGAUUUCGAUGAUCUCAUUCGUGCCUUUUCCACCCAACUACCUCAGACAACACGCCCAUUCGAACUCUUCAAAUCUCUAUGGAUCGAUCAAGGAUGGUGUUGGCUUCAUCUACGAGUCCAUGACGGACGCGCAAAGCAAGCGUUUGUGUCCACCACAGAACGUGUAUUUGUUGAAAGAUUAGCGGACACCUCAAGUCCUGCAGCACAAGUUGUUGCCUUACUUGCGCUCUACACGUUCCACAAUACCCAGCCUUCGAAUUCUGCCCCACCGACAACUUAUCGUGCCUCUCACAUUGGGAUACCCAUGGACGUAUACAACACCAUGAUCACCCUUCCAGAGCAUCUGAGCGAGCCUUACCUGUCGUUGAAGCCUCACGUCGUCCACGUCCUGUCCACACAAAACCCACCUCGGCUUCCGCGAGAAAUCUUCGUGCCUGAUGGCCAAGAUGCCUUGGCGGCGCUCCAGGCCACAGGUCUCGGGGAGGCGGAUUCGUCGGCUCCUCCGCCUGCGAAGAAGAAAGGGCGACCGUCCAAGCGGGACAGAAUAAGGAAAGCCAAGGAUGCUCUGACCUCGCUACAGAAGUACAUGGACAAGAACACGGUCGCUCUGCCGAGCGAACUCGGUGCAGUCGCUGGUCCAGAAGCUGAGGUCGCACACGUGGUCUUUGGGCAGGCGCCACAUGCUUCCUUGGCGAAUUAUGGCGCUCGCAAGGAUGAUCUGCUAGCGGCGAUCCACCAGGAGACGGCUGACUGUGGAUCUCAGGCCGCUUUGCGAAAAGCGAACGAGGGGCUCUUGGUGCGCCUGAAGCAGAUUGAUGCGAUGGCGGCCGAGCAGGGGUUGGAGGUGGGAGGUGAGGGUGAGGAUCAGACCGGGUUGGAACGGGUCGAAAAGGCUGUCAAGGAGUUGCAGCGUUCGGGUGCAGGCGCAAACGGAGGUAUUUUGAAUCUGUUAGAAGGUGCAGGGAUGGACACUAGCACCUGGAGCCCACAUCAGUCAGGUCUCCUUUUCCCGGCUUACGCAGGGGUUGACCUGGGCUAA